UCGCUGCGCGUAAGCUAAACUUACUUUUAAAAUAAGUUUGACAACAAUCUAUGAACUAAAGGCAGCGUCCUCGCAGGGAUAACGCACAACGUGGACUCACAGCAUGUCCAUAUUCAAGGCGCGUGUUAAAGAGUUCGAGGACAUAUUCUCAAAGGAUGUAAUCGAUUUAAAGGAACUGCGACAGCUGACGUUCAAUGGUGUGCCUGAUGUGCAAAGCUUCCGCGCACUGAGCUGGAAACUGUUGCUCAAUUAUUUGGGACCCAAACGCAAUACAUGGGCCACAACAUUGGCGCAGAAACGGGCGCUAUAUCGCCAAUUUAUAGUCGAGCUGGUGUUACCACCCGGACAUAAUGGUGAUAACGAAAAUGAUGAUGACGAAUUGAGGGGCGUUGCUCUGCAAGAUCAUCCGCUGAGCGAGGGACCCGAAAGUAAAUGGAAUACAUUUUUCAAUGACAACGAAUUUCUGUUGCAAAUCGACAAGGAUGUGCGCAGGCUGUGUCCCGACAUCUCCUUCUUUCAGCAGCCCACAGACUAUCCCUGCGAUAUUGUGGUGCACAGCAAAGGAGAACGACGACUGCAUCAGCGUGUUGUGCCAUCCGUAUUGAGUUCGGCAAAUGUGGAACGCAAGGGGCUCGGCAUGACGAAGAUAAAUCUGAUAACGAAGCGUUCGGCAGAAAAUUACGAGGCUAUGGAGGAAGGCCAGGAAGCACACUGGGAGGUUGUGCAACGCAUUUUAUUUCUGUAUGCCAAACUGAAUCCCGGUCAGGGUUAUGUACAAGGCAUGAACGAAAUUGUGGGUCCCAUUUAUUUUGUUAUGGCUUCAGAUCCUGAUCUCAAGUUUCGCGAGCAUGCCGAGGCGGAUUGUUUCUUUUGUUUCACUGCCUUGAUGGGCGAAAUACGAGACUUCUUCAUCAAGACUCUGGAUGAUGCCGAAGGCGGUAUUAAAUGCAUGAUGGCAAAACUAUCAAAUAUGCUUAAAUCAAAAGACUUGGCAAUAUACGAGCAUCUGAGAAGCCAGGAGCUGCAUCCACAAUACUACAGCUUUCGUUGGCUAACUCUGUUACUCUCGCAGGAAUUUCCACUGCCCGAUGUUGUGCGUAUAUGGGAUUCGGUGUUUUCCGAUGAACAACGCUUCGAUUUCCUCAUCAAAAUAUGCUGUUCCAUGAUAUUAAUCCAACGCGAAGCUAUAUUGGAGAACGAUUUCGCAUCGAAUGUAAAACUUUUGCAAAACUAUCCGCCAAUUGAUAUUAAUGUUGUUCUCACGUUCGCCGUCUCCUUGACGUAACAAUUACCAUCGAGGCGUGCUGACCAGUCGCACGUAUCCCAAUGAUAUUUGACCUGAACCCAUAGUCUGACCGGCACCGAUAAUAUAAAUAAGCAAUCCAUGAAGCAAUCUUAGCUAUCGCCAAAUCUUGCAAACGCACCUUUAAAUAUGGCAGAGGAAAGCAUUCUGAAGUCGCCGACACUACUGAAGAAACACUGUGUUCCUCUUCAAACUCCUGAAGUUUCAAUAUCACUUACUGAAGACAAAUUUGUAGAGCUAAUACAAUUCUUAAUGGUUUCAUAUUUUAUUUGGUACCUAAAGACUUCAGGAUACCAUCCAAUGCUUACUAUUCGCAAGUACCAAGAAUUUAAUAUUUCAGCUAACUUGUAACUUUUAUAUACUUUUUAUAUUAUAAAACAAAGAAUUUAAAUAAAUUAGUCAAAGAGUUAUUGAUGACCGUAAA